GACAGAGUCUUUGUCUUCGUAGGAGAGACAAACAACUCUGCCUGAGGAACAAGGGAGUUUCCACCCCGCAGUGGAGAUGCUGCCUGAUGGGAGGGCUGAGAGACCCUUCCACAUUGAGACACCUUUUCUGGAAAGUGUGGCACUCUCACAAGCAGCUGGCACCAAAGUCUAUAUGAAGUUGGAGAACGUCCAGCCAAGUGGUUCCUUCAAAAUCCGAGGUAUUGGCUACUUUUGCCAACAGGUCGCUAAGAAGGGCUGCCAACAUCUGGUCUGCUCCUCAGGUGGAAAUGCUGGUCUGGCUGCAGCAUACGCUGCUAAGGGACUCGGGAUGCCCGCUACAAUCGUUGUCCCCAGAGGCACCACAGAGCCAACGAUAAAAAGGCUUGAGCAGUACGGAGCAGACGUGGAAAUAUUUGGGAAGGUAUGGGAUGAUGCUAAUGACAGAGCGGUGGCACUAGCUAAGACUGAUGGUUGGGUCAAUAUCCAUCCUUUUGAUCACCCACUAGUGUGGAAAGGACAUAGCACCAUUAUCAAGGAGCUGAAGAAUUCCCUGGCGACCAAACCAGGAGCUAUUGUGCUCUCGGUGGGAGGAGGGGGUCUUCUGGCUGGAGUGGCUGCUGGUUUGCAGGAAGUGGGCUGGCCGACUGUCCCCAUCAUUGCUGUGGAGACCAAAGGUGCUGACAGUUUGAACGCAGCCAUCAAAGCUGGGCAGCUGGUCACUUUGCCCGAUAUCACCAGUGUGGCCAAGUGCCUUGGGGCCAAGACAGUGGCGCAGAGGGCCUUAGAUUGCACCAACGAGUGUCCAAUCAUCUCUCAAGUGGUGGAGGAUGUGGAAGCUGUGAAAGCUGUAGAACAAUUUCUGGAUGAUGAGCGCGUAUUGGUAGAACCAGCUUGUGGUGCCUCUCUGGGCCACCUAUAUUCGGGCUAUCUACAGCAGCUGCAGAAAGAGGGAAGGCUAAGCAAGACAUUGGAUUCCAUAGUUGUCAUUGUGUGUGGGGGAAGUGGCAUUAACAUGGAAGGUCUCCAGGCUAUGAAGAAACAGUUGGGCAUGAAAUGAAGCUUCCUUUGGCCUGCUGGUGGAUCCCUUGUCUCCGUGCACACGAUUAGCAACCACUCCUAUAACCUUCUUCCAAGUUAGAUGCCUAAUCAUGGCCGUUUUUGGUGUGUCGGAGAACUCCCAGAAUUCCUAGCAACUGUUAGUCAUUUGGCUGACGCAAAUUCACAAAUGAUCGUGGCUUGUUGGUUCAAUUAAGCCUCUUCCUUGGCUUGAGUUCUUCAUCUGGAAUGAUGUAGUGUUUCAAUCCAGGGUCAUCAUCCCUCAGAACCUUUCCAAUGGCUUCAGUGCCACAGUCCCUUCAGGACUGAUCCUUCCCCCAUUUCCUCUACAAUGGAAACAACAUGGCUGUUUUCAAUUGACCACAAUUCCUUCAAAGCACCAUUGCAUUCUGGGAAACCUAAGUGGUAAUUUUCCAAAGGCCCAGCUGAUGAGAGAGGGAAUCAGCUGAAGGCCUCUGGCUUGUGUGCCCAGUUCCUAGAGCAAAGGUAGAGAAUCUGGUUCUUCUGAUGCUACAGAACUACAGUUCCCAGCAGUCCCAGCCAGCAACAGUCACUGCAAUUCGGCAAACUCAGGACAGCUACUGUUGUUCCCCCUGGUGUGAUGCAAUAGAGGCCCCAGGUCAGCCUGGCAAGACUAGUUUUGUAAACCCCGUGCGGUUUCAAGAUCACAGGGGUGCAGAAGCUUUCCUCAUCCAUAGACCUAAAUAAAAUAAAUAAUCAUGGCUGGCUUCACA